GACUCCUUCCAUCUAUCCAUCCAAGGCGUGGCAGCAGAGCUACUUCGCCACUUGCUUUCCCUUUCAAACGUUCGUCUCGCGCCGCCUAAGAUGGGGCCUCGGCAGGACCGGUCCGCCGUCGACGGGGGGCAAGGUAACGGCGCGCGGCCAGCCAUCGUCCGGUACAGGGAGUGCCAGCGCAACCUCCUGGCCGGGAACGGCCGGCAUGUCGUUGACGGCUGCCAAGGCUUCAUGGCGUCAAUAGGCGUCGAUGAGGCUACCACGUUCCUCUGCGCGGCGUGUGGCUGCCACCGCAGCUUCCACAGGCGCGAGGUCGUCGACGAGUUCGGCGUCGACUACCAUGCUCCGGGGACGCCCCCCGCCAACGAAAGCCGCCGUUGAAGCAAUGAAGCUUAUUGCUGAUGCCUCUUGUUGCUCACGGUGAAUUGGAUCUGGCUGGAUCAUGCAUGGCCCAGGCGCAGCUAGUAGUGUUUUAAUUCGUCUUCCUUGUCGUCUUAUGAAAUUUGUGCGGAUGAAUAAUUUGCGGGGAGGCCCCGUCCGCGUAGAUCCAUCGAUGUGGUGAACCUCUUAUGUUGAAUUUGAAUUUGAUUUCCCUUAUGCGUUUCUAUUUGA